AUGACCAGCCCGCCCAUGGAGGCCCUGGGCCAGUUCAAGCUCACGGUCUGGGAGGAGGAGAAUUUCCAGGGCAAGCGCAGCGAGUUCCUGCUGGAGUGUCCCAGCGUCAUGGACCGCAGCUUCCGCAAGCUCCGCUCCAUCAAGGUGGAGAACGGCUCCUGGGUGGGCUUCGAGUACCCGGAGUACCAGGGGCAGCAGUUCAUCCUGGAGAAGGGCGACUACCCCCGCUGGGAGGCCUGGAGUGGAAACAGCGGCUACCGAACCGAGCACCUGCUGUCGUUCCGGCCCAUCAAAUGCGCU